CUGAUUCAGUUUGCUGAAAUGAUUUUGUAGAAGUUGUGGUGAAUGUUGAAGCUGGCACAAGGGAAAGAGGAGGAACAUGCAGCCAGAGGGAGAUCGCUCUGAACGAAAUAAACCAGACUGCCGCUCUUCAGGCCAAGGACCCUUGUCAUCCAUAAGAGCAGCGAUCAAGAGAUCUUCGCGGACCUCUAGCCAUAGUGAACAGCAGAGGGAUAGAAGGCGUCCUGAAAUUACAAUAGUUGCUGCUGAACCCCUCCGGCCGUCGUCCUGGUUUCCAGGUGCAAGCCCUGUUGCUCCUCAUGGAUUAGGAUUCCCUUCUGCUUCAUCUCAUGCUCAGUGGAGGAGAAAUGAGCAUAUUCCAGCCGAGCUUCCACCAUCAUAUGAGCAGGUGAUAAAAGAAAUCAAUCAAGUGCAAGUCAAUACAACAAAUAACAAUAAUGCUGCUGCUCCUAGACAUACCACUACUUCUGCAACACAAACUGACUUUCCAGAGGAACUAAUCAGCCAUUUGCCAGGAAGUAAUGUUAAAACUAGUGUGCCUACACACUGGGAGUCUUCAGGCUAUCCAGGGCAGAGUCCUCUUAAACCUCCUAGGCCUUCUGCAUCUCUGCUGAAUAGGUCUGCUUCAGAAAAUGAGAAUCCCUUAAUAGUCUUUGAAAUUUCUGAAGGUCAGAGGUGCCAAGAAAAUCCCAAUGCUGUGAUAUAUCCUGUGCCAAAGCCAAGAUCAAGAAGCAAUCUCAGACCUGUGGUCAAAAGUACAGAAAGUAAGAUAGACAAUGGAGAAGUGAACCAGUCUACUACAAAAAGGCAGCAGCCUUCAAUUCAGCAGUCACCUCUCUUAGAUGAUAGUAUACUAGACAAUCACUUGGUGAUGGACAGCAUGAGUACAGAAAAGAGCCAAAAUAGUAUUGUUUCAAGGAUCAAAGUUUUUGAAUCCCAAGGAACUACUGAUACCUCAGGAUUAUCAAAAAAGCCAGAAAUUGCCCCUCGUUCAUUUGCCCCAAGACCUGUUACUGCAAAGAAGCCAGUAGUUGCUCCAAAGCCAGGAGUAAGCAGAAUUUCAGAAGACUGGGAUGCGUGGACAGAAAGCAAAUCAACACCUUCCAAGGAAUUGCAGCCUCAACCUGAAAUAGUUGGGAGCAAUGUUGUAACCAAACCUGAACUGCCAAAGAAGCCAAAACCUGGCCUCGUUAAAAGUAGUAGUAGUGAUUUUCUCGAUGCAAGGAGUGGAUCAGUUGCAGAGAACAGCGAUGGACAAAAGAAAUUUCCUGUUCCUGCUCCAAGGCCUCUUGUUCCUAAAAAAACACGUUAUGUAGAAAAUCCUGCCCUUUCUUUGACCCCACUAAAAUCGAUUGCUGCUCCUCCAAGGGCUUCUGUAUCUCCCCAAGAAAAAGUUUUCAAGUCUCUGGGGGAAUUGUCACCUGCAGCCAACUCCUCAGCACCUGUUUUGCAAAACAAAGACGUGGAAGGAGAUCUGAUCAGUUUUGAUGAUGAUGUUUUGACCCUAAAUCCAACUUGUGUAGUUAAAGGUAGCAUCAGUUCUGAAGCAGCAGCAGAUCCAUUUCAGUUCCUCACCAAAAGUGAACCUGCAAGGGAACAGACAGCCCAACCAGCUUUAGCCCGGAAACCCACUGUGAUCCGAAUCCCUGCUAAACCUGGGAAACCUUUAAAUGAAAUCCCGCACAGCCCUCCACCUCUUCCUGCUGAAAAGCCUAUUGGGAACACCUCCGAUAUCACAGUGGGAAAACCCAACAGUGGUGACCUAGUAAAAAAACCGGAUUUGGAUCAUUCAGAACAGCGUGGAGUGCCUCAGCUAGAACCUGUACUACCCCCAAGGCCUGUGGAUGGAAAAAUUAUACCUGCUCGACCUCCCCCACCUAAAGGUGUUCCUGGAAGGCCACCUCCACCAAAACUCUCUGCAGCCAAGACCUCCUCCCAGAAAGAUGCUCUUUCACGAUCUACUUCUGACAUCGCUCCUGAUAAAAAACCCAGCAAGUUCAGAUUGGGACCCAAGAGAACAAAAAGUCAAGUCUUUAAAAGUCCAGAUCCAGCAUUACCUCCUAGACCUAAACCAGGUCAUCCUCUCUACAAUAAAUACAUGCUACCUGUGCCUCAUGGAGUUGCCAAGGAAGAUUGUCUUCCCAGGAACCCUGGAGAACUGUCCUGUAAGGAUUCAAACCACCCUCCAAAAGUUUCUGACACAAGUGCGCCUCAUGCUGUAGUCCUGCAUGAUUUUCCUGCAGAGCAUGCUGAUGACUUGGACCUUCAUUCUGGAGACACCGUUUGUCUUUUGGAGAAAAUUGAUACUGAGUGGUACAGAGGAAAAUGUGGGAAUCACACAGGGAUAUUUCCUGCCAGCUUUGUUAAAGUAGUUAUUGAUGUUCCAGAAGAAGGCAACAGGAAGAAAAUACCCCGUUCAUCACAAUGUAUUAAAGGCCCAAGAUGUGUAGCACGAUUUGAAUAUAUUGGAGAUCAGAAAGAUGAGCUCAGUUUUUCAGAAGGUGAAACUAUUAUCCUUAAAGAAUAUGUAAAUGAAGAGUGGGCCAAAGGGGAGCUCAGAGGCACAUCUGGAAUUUUCCCUCUGAACUUUGUGGAAGUAAUAGAAGAUCUGCCUGGAACAGGUACAGGAGCAGCACUGAAGAACAAGGUGGAAGUUUCUUCUCUUGCUCCUCAGAACAACAGACGCUCAGUAGAGUGGUGUGAAGCACUUCAUGAUUUUACAGCAGAAACCAAAGAUGAUUUAUCCUUUAAAAAGGGAGACUACAUCCAAAUACUGGAACAAGUAGAUUUGGAGUGGUAUAGAGGAAGACUGAAUGAGAAGGAAGGGAUUUUCCCAGCAAUUUUUGUUCAGACCUGCUCAGCCAGAGUAGAGCUGUCACACUCUGUAGGAGGGAAAAAAGGAAAAGCCAAAGCUCUUUAUGAUUUUCAUGGAGAAAAUGAAGAUGAGCUUUCCUUCAAAGCAGGUGAUACAAUAACAGAGGUGGAACCUGUAGACAAGGACUGGAUGAGUGGAGAGAUACAAGGGAAGUCUGGGAUAUUUCCCAAGAACUUUGUUCAGAUUUUAAAAACACCAUGAAGCGUUGCCUCUCUUUGUACUCCCUACAAGUUGGAGAGAAUGUUUUCUGUCCUAAAGGCACAGCAGAGACAUCAAUGUGUUUUGACUAUCAAUGUUUUGCACUACUUUUUCUAGACAGUCAUUCUAGUAUCUUGAAGUCAAAUAAGAAAAUUUUAGUCUUUUGUGACAGUGUAUGUAGUCAUGCUUCAUGAAUGCUCUGAGAGCAAAUACAAGCAGGAUUUUAGCAGUUUCCAACUAGGAAAAUACAGUGGUGCAACACCAUUUUAACUUAAAUAGCAUUGUAAUAUGUUUACUAUCUGGUAUUACAUUUAUCAUGCACAAAGUCUGCAUAAAGUAAGCUUCUUUGGGCUGCUUAAAAAAACCUCCAAGUUUAAAAAAUUGUUUUUAAGAUAUAAUUGCAGCACUCAGUAUGUAGAUCAAGUUUGAUAUUCAGAUUUUGUUACUGCUUGACUUCCACAUUAGCAGUAGAAUCCACUUGUUUUAUGACUUGGAGCAUAAAGAAGAUAACUGGUAUUUCAUAGCAGAAAAAUAUCAAAUCUAAUACUGGUAAAACUCAGAAGCAAAUCCUUGUGUAGUAUUCUUUUAUUCUUAGCCCAAGCUGCUCAUACAGGUUUUUUUUUUUUUUUUUUUUUUUUUUUUAAGUAUUUUGCCUCUUAACAAGUAACAUUCAAAUUGGUAUGAAUCAUCUUAGACCUUUCUCCAUUCUCCCAAAAUCCUUUCCAGAUGCAGGUUGGUUUUUUACUCCCCUGCUCUUUGAGCACUGUCAUACCCUUCUUUCCCAGCCAAAGUUAGCUGUGACAGACAGUGUUUACUGAGCUCUCUCAGAUCCCCUCCCUGUAGUAGCUGCACUAUUCCAGUUAUUCGCCCCUCCACCCCCUUCUUGUAAGUGGAAAUCCAGUCUUCACUCAGUCUGCAUUUCAUUUGCCACUCAAGCACUGGAACAUACUUCAGUAACACUAUUCCUGUCCUUAACAUGAAGGAUAUUAUACAGCCUUGGUUUUAGCUUUCAACAGACAUGGGAUUAGUUUGCAGUUUGUUACCACAUACCAACUAUACUGAGCAUAAUUAUAAAUGGUCUGUCAAGGCCUUAAGGAAAACAUGCCUGGCAAGAGGUUUCUUAGAGCUUCUUGAAGUAACUAAGGCAUUUAGUAAAAAGCAGCAGUGUGACUUGAACAGCAAGCUUAAGACAUGACUGAGAUAGCUUCACAUCAUAGGAACUUCUAGUAGUAAAUAGCUUUCUGCAAUAUUUGGGUUCUGACAAAAAUAGUUAAAUGCAUCUUGAUUAACUGCUAACUUCAUCAGACUGGAAUAGAAAAAAAUAUGCCACAGUUGGCUCUUUCAUUGCUGACAGUAUUCCAGUAUUCCAUCGCUUUUGUAUUGUGUAACAAAAAAGAACCAGUGAGCUGUUAGUAUGAGUCAUUACUUCAGAGAUGCAGGUCACUAGGUAUCAAGACACCCUUACAAGUUCAGGUUGCAAAAGGGGCAACAGUUGAGUGGUGGAUGCAGACUGAAAACUAGAGUCAUGAUUGUCCUUGAGACAGUUUUGACUUAAGUCACAUUCCUGCCUACAACUUUAUCAAUACAAGGUCCAAGUAUUGAAGCAACAACUACCUACUGCUACAGAAGGUUGGCAUGCAUCUAAAUUGGUGUCUAAGCAAGCUGGUGAGGGUAGCUCUCCCCUCCCCAGGCACUGCACUUUGGUUACUGUCUCACAGCAGGCGGGAACAAGCUCACAGCCAAAACUGGACAGGACUCCCCCGCAGCAGGGAACAGGCAUCCCAUCUUGGUAGCAGACUGGGGCUCCCCUGAAGCGAGCCCAAGAAACAUGCUGCACAGACAUGAGGCCCCCAGCCCCAUUUUGCUCUGCAAUCAAUAAUGCCACAAGUACUUGCAGACAGACACAUACGUUAGCCCUCCGAUCUUUUUUCCUCUAGAAGCUUCAUGAAGUGUUGUCUAUUUAAACUGCACCAGUACCAUUCACACAACUGAGGGAUGAAGAUCACACAAAGUUUUUUAAUGAGCUGAGAACUGCAAUUUCUACUUUCAUUAAGGGAAUUAACUUUACAAAUACAAUUAUAAAGUGUGUGCUAUUCUAGAAAGAUGGAAACAUGACAAUUUAUAGAGGCAUUAUUCAGUUUUACCGUCCCCAAGCAAGCUUAUCCAGAACUCCUGUGGAAUCACUUAGUAAGUCCACCUUUGAGGACAACCCUUCCCAGUCUCCACGCUCUCCUGCCAGGAGAUUUCAAAGGUUCAUGUUGUUUAUUCCAAUAAAACAUCCAUCUCCUGCUACAGAAACCAAGGAAGCACAUAGAUAGCUUUCCUGACUCCUGCAAGUCACUCAAGACUUUUCAACCAUAAACUUUCAGUGGAUCACCCUUCUUUUAAAAGAGGCUUCUUCCACCAUGACCUGUGCCAGCAUGAUUCCUGAACCUGCAGGGAACACAGCAGGGGAAGAACAGCAGCACCAAGCAAAGCCCACACCAACAACCAUAAUACCCAGGUCCUCCAAAGACAGACCACAUCAUUGUCAUGGUAGAUGAGGCUUAAGUGUAUGAUGUUUACUUACUGUUUGUCUGGUAGUUUUCUAAUAUUUUGAUACAAGUCUCAGAAGUAGGACUGAAUUUUUAUAUUUUCAAUUUCCUCUUCCCUGUUUUUACAGCUGUGUAUUGACCAGUUGUUUUUGUAACUUCCACUGAAUGUUUAGUCAGUGCCUGUCGGUAGUAAGACCACUCUCCUUUAUUUUAAUCAUCUCCCUAUUAUGCAGGGCAGGAAGGGCAGCAAAGCCUUAUCUUCCGAGCAAGGAGUGCCAUCUAAAGCCUGCUUGCAUUACUGCAGGCAGAUAAGAACGUAUUUAUUAAAACUGAAACAAGUUAGAUACUUAGCUUUUACAGGAAGGGAUUUUCUUAAGACUUGACGCCUAAUAUCACCAUGAAACUGCAUACAGAUUGUAAAUUAAAAUUCCUAAGGUGUACAGUACAUAAUCUGCAAAAAUGAAUGAGACUGAGCGCAAAUCCUAACUGCAAUGUAGUAGCAACUUUCAGCUGUAACCCUGAAAUUCAGCCAGACUCUCAUACAUUAGUAUGAUAGUAAAAGCCUCAUUUCUCAAACCAUUUCCUGUUUGACCCACCCUCUGGAAAUACCUUCAGGAAGACAUCUUUGUUCUGUGUACAUUUAACAGUGUCCUAAAUAAAUCAUGUUAAGUCCAGUAAGUUUGAUAUGGUACCUCUGUAAAUUAAGAAUGUAUUUAACCAAUAAAAUUUUUAUAAUUAAAACAUGAUGGCAUUUUCAUUGCCUUUAUGCUGUGGAGAGCUGAGCUUUCCACUUCACACAGCAAUUUUAUGCAUCUCAUUCUGCCAAUAUAUUUAACACAACAGCAAGAAACCCAGCCCCACCCCCAAACAGCUACUACAGUAAUACCACAUCCCUUUACAAGUAGUCCAAACCCCCCAGAACCCUUAUGGCUCUAACAUGGCUUAUUCAAGCCUUCGGACUCGAGUACAUUUUGCACUUGCCACUUGCUGCAGCCAGCCAUUAUCACAGGGCGUCGCUCAAGAUGGUGAUGCUCUCCUCUGCCUGUGGCAAGAUUACUUGUGACCAAGCCACAGGCUGAACCUGAGCUGAUGAGCAAUUCUACACAUCCAUUUUGGUGUGCACUAUUCAUACACCAUCAUUUUUCAGCUGAUAUUUGUACAGAGAAUACAGAGGAGGCACAAAGUUUUCCUUCCUGCUUACUUUCCCAUCUGAAGUAGUUUUAUAAAGUGUACAUUUACCCAGAGCACCUACAUGGUAAUGCCAGCAGUCUACAGAUUCAAAAAUUAAGUUCUAAAACCUGAAGUAAGUUCUUGUUCUUUCCCCAAAUCCUCUUGGACUGGCCUUUUUGCAACAUAUACACCUCAGACACACAGCCGAAGGAAAAAGUAACAGGAUAACAGACACACAAGUUUUCAGAAAUGAGCAGAAAACACCACCUUAGGAUUUCUAACUCUCCUUGUCUAUAGAGAGCACUGGCCAGUCAGUCCCUUACAAUGUAUUUGAUGGAACUACCACUAAGUGGAGAAAAUACAGCCAACACCUGUCCAUUACUAGAAAGUUCUGACAGAUCAUACUGUAAUGCAGCAGGGCUUGAAUAUAUGCACAUAUAUAUGUACACACCCGCAUUAAAACAUGCUGUAGUAAGUUCAAGGAUUUUCAAUCUCCCCAGACAUACCCUAAAUCAUGGUUUUUCUAAGUCCAGUGAAAAGUUCUCAUUUUUGUUAGAGAAGGGACAUUUAUUGCAAUUUAUGGCUUCAAAAAUAUGACAGUCUGGGAGUCCUGGAGAAUGACUCAACAGUGCAGAUGGAGAGCAAAACAGAUGAAAAGCAGCACUACUCCUUUCUCCUGUUUCAGCAUCAUGAAAGUUCUGAGCACUCACUACCCUUCCACCACACAAACUGAAAAAAGCAGAAAAAGCAGGCCAGUACUUACAAUCCAAUAAAGAUGGGUUACCUGACUAUUAAAUCACCGGCUAUUCUAAAUAUCAUCCCCCAUACUAACUCAGUUAGUUAAACUAACUUGGAAUCACAAUAUGAAGUCACAUCACCUGCAGUCUGAAAUUAGAAAACAUUCCUUUCAUUUUGCAUAUUAUUUGCUCCAAACCAGAAUCAGCAACUAGGAAAAGGCAAAAAUCCCUGACACCAGUACAGCCCUGGUGGGUAGUAGAGUCCCUCUAUUCUUCGCCUACUAAGUUUGUUGCAACAGUAAUAUGUAAUUGCUUUUCUCCUUUCUUGUCCAUUUUAUAGUUGACUGCAGAAGCUACCACUAUGUCUGUGACCUCCCCAAAUCUGUCUGUAUCAUUCCGUUCUCAGGUUUUAAAUGACAAGCUUACCAACAAUUUAAUAGCACCAAGUUUAGCUUUGUUGCCCAAUUCCAAACAAGACAGGCUGAUAGUGCAAACACAUUGUUUUAGCCAGAAAAAUACACCCUUCAACUUCUAAACUGGCAAAAACUGAGCAACAAGCAAAACUGCUAUCAGAGAAUGGAAAAAGCACUCAAAAUUUUUCAAAUCACUUGAGCGCUUUAUUUUCAGAACAAAGACCACUGCAUCUUUACAGUAGAACUUUUUCCCCUGAAGUUCCACAAAUGUUUCAACUGCGAUUAUAGUUAUCCCUCAGUUCUGAUAGAGGCUAGAAUACAUACAAACCUACUUUCAGCUUGUUUCUACACUGCUCAAAACCAACAUUGCUUCCAUAAUCAAAAUUACAACUUAAAGAUCUUUUAAUUUUGACUAUCAGAGACCAAUCUAUCCUGAGAGGUCAUAUCAAAUUACUACCAAGAAGCUUAAACAUACACUUACAUAAUUCUCCAGUAAGUAGCCUGGAUAAAUCUCAGACUUCCCUGCAAUAAACAACUCUGAAGCAGUUAAGUUCCCCUAUGUGGCACCCCAUACCCUGUACAAUGCUCCUCUUUGAAGCACCUCUCACCAUUACAACCUCUGUGCACAUCCACAAGAUUGCUUUUGUGAGGGCCAAAAUUCCUGGGAAAAACCCAACACAGAAUCCUUGGUACUGUACUCUCCACCUUUCAAAAAGGACAACCCACCUUCUUCCACCCAUCACACAACACCAAUCACAAAAGCCAGAUCUCCAAAACAAGUA